CAGCCAUGUUCCCACCAUCACGUUCCCCCCACUCUUGCGCAAAUGCAUCAAACGCCCAUCCGUAGAUGCGAUUACACCUUCAUACCCACCAAUCGAGGGUUCCCCCAUUCUGAACCUCCACUGCACCAGGUCCUCGGACGCUGGACUAGCUCGAUAAGCGCCACUGACUUGACCUCCCGCAUCGGUCCAGUGAUUGCCAGCUAACUAGCUGUCACGCGUGUCAAUCGCGAUAGGUGGGUGAGCAUGGCCAUGUUCAAUCACGGUCUGAGUAGGAAUGCGUGCUUGAUGUGUUUACAUACUUGAUGAGCGAUACAAGUGUGACGCUGGCAUUUGCUUUUUCCUUGGUCAUCCAGUACAAAGCUUAGUUUCUUUCGUUGAGAUCACUAUUCUUGUGACAUCAUGGUUGGUGUGAAACCGCAGGUUAUCCAGAAGCAGCGUAGAGACGAGUCCAGCAAGCUCGAUGUCAUAAUCGUAGGCGCUGGUCUAGGUGGUCUCGGGGCUGCCAUAUCGAUCCUACUCGCCGGCCACAAUGUACACAUCCUCGAGUCUACUUCGGAGAUCGGUGAAAUCGGCGCUGGCAUACAAUGCCUACCCAACUCCUCACGCGUCCUCAUAUCCUGGGGUCUAGAAGAAUACCUCUCGAAACACGCUACCUCGCCGCGGCUGUGCAACAUGAUCGGUUGGAAAGGCAACAAGAUAAGCGACAUGGACUUCCACGAAUACGAAAAGGAAUGCGGCACACCAUUCUGGGACUUUCACAGGGCAAACCUACACAUGGGACUGCUGGAAAGGGCGGUAGAGCUUGGCGCGAAGCUCACAACAAAGGCGCGUGUAGUAGAUGUUGAGUACGAGGCCGAUGUGGAGAACAACGCCACAAGAGCCAUCGCCGUGUGUCAGGACGGGACAAGACACAAAGCCGAUCUGGUGGUUGGCGCCGACGGCAUCAACUCGAAGUGCAGAGAGAUACUGCUAGGCCAUGAAGAUCCACCACUGCUCACUGGCGACCUGGCUUACCGGCUGUUGCUCAAUACUGAAGACAUGAUGAAAGACCCUGAACUCAGAGGUUUCGUGGAAGACCCGCAGGUCAACUACUGGAUAGGCCCAGAUGCCCAUGCCGUUAACUACGUGCUUCGUGGUGGCAAGCUCUUCAACAUGGUCCUCUUAGUGCCAGAUGAUAUGCCCGCCGGCGCGAAUACAUUGGCCGGAAACGUUGAAGAGAUGCGUGCCCUGUACAAAGACUGGGAUCCGCGGAUACCUAAGUUGCUCGCACUCUGCCAGGAGGUGGCCAAGUGGCGGCUGAUGAUUCGGCCUGGUCUUGAUCCUACCUGGUCUCAUGAAACUGGCGCGUAUACUAUACUUGGCGACGCUGCACAUGCCACUCUUCCUUACCUCGCGUCGGGUGCUGGUAUGUCUUUGGAGGAUGGACAUGUUCUCGGCCUGUGCUUGGGUAAGAUCAAGAGCAAAUCCACGGCAGAAAAGAAGCGUGCAUUAACAGUAUACGAACGUUGUCGACGUGAGCGUACGGAACGCGUCGUUUCGCGUGGUAACCGUCAGCAAUAUCUCUAUCAUGUUCACGAUGGUCCGAUCCAGGAAGAACGCGAUAGUACGCUCCGCGCUUUUGGCGAGUUCAAUGGUAAGGGGAGAAUAACCAAGGAACAAUAUGAGGAAAAGGGACUGAAGGUUGGUGAUGACCCUCUAGCAUGGAGAUGGGGUGGUGUAGGUAGCUGGCUUAUCACGUAUGUCUGUGAAGAUGAUGUUGAGAAGAAGUGGAAAGACUUUGAGAGAGAUACGAGGGCUGGGGCAAGAGGUAAUGGAGAGGUGAGGGCUGUGUUGUAAGGUACGGAUGAUUAAUGCGGUUGUCGUUGUCGAUAAUUAAUGAAACACAUAAUGAACUCAUACCAGGCUUAUCAGCUGCGCAU